AUGAAGUUCUGGGUUGCUUCUGCCGCCUUGGCCCUCGCUGGAUCUGCUUUUGCCGUUCCAACCCCCAUAGUUCCAGGGCUCGCACAGGUUCCAGGAGCUGGAGCCAAAUCACCUGCCGAGGGCGCUCCUUUGAACAUGGCCGACAAAAUCAUCCCCAUAGUGAGCAAACUUCUUGGGUCUGAAGUCCUGGGCUCUCUACAGCGCUCGGGCCUCCCUGGAAACGGCCUUAACCCAGGUAAAGGAAACGGCCUUACCCCAGGUAAAGCACCCAGACAAGAUGAUGAGGAUGGAGAUGAGGCCUCGAUGCUGUCCCGCAGACAAGACGAUGAAGGUGGUUCUGGCGAAGAUUCUCAGAUGGUCCGCAGGCAAAAUGAUGAUGAUGACGAUGAGGCCGCGAUGGCCCGCAGGCAAGAUGAUGAUGAUGAGGAUGAGGCCGCGAUGACGGCCCGUAAAUUGUAA